AGGGUGGUGGUGGUGUAGCUGGGUUGCAGUUACAGGGAAGCUCAACUGUAGUUUGACCGGCGUGCAAUGGGUACAUCCUGGCAAAUCAGCCAACAGGCACUGGAAAAACUCCGGAUAAGGGCGAUUCCAUGAAAACAAAACAAUGCACCAGUAUUAUAAAUUUGUCCCCUGUCAUUGGCUGAAAUCAAAGAAACCUGAAUCGACAUCCGAGCAUUUUUGUCUUAGUGAAAACUUCCGUGAGUCCAUACUAAACCCACUAUUGCUGAUGUUUAACAGUAAGCUUCGCAUCGUAACACCAAUGAUCUUUUCCCGCUUUAUAUAUCAUUAAACUUGUUUCCUCCCUUUUUUUCUUCCACUUGAAAUUUUUUUUUUUUUCCCUUCUUCUCUCCUUACUUUCUUAAGGUUAUUUUAAAUAAUGUUAUCUGCCUCAAGAAUUGCUUCUAAGGCUGUUCCACGUUCUUCAGUUCGUGGUUUAGCUACUGCUGCUUUAACUAGAGAUUCCAAAGUUAACCAAAAUUUAUUAGAAGAUUUUUCAUUUAUUAAUUAUAAAAAAAAUUUGGAAAAUGUUGAUAUUGUUAAAUCAAGAUUAAAUAGACCAUUAACUUAUGCUGAAAAGUUAUUAUAUGGUCAUUUGGAUGAUCCUCAUGGACAAGCCAUUGAAAGAGGGGUUUCUUAUUUAAAAUUAAGACCUGAUCGUGUUGCUUGUCAAGAUGCUACUGCUCAAAUGGCUAUUCUUCAAUUUAUGUCUGCUGGUAUGCCCCAAGUUGCUACUCCUUCCACUGUUCAUUGUGAUCAUUUAAUUCAAGCUCAAAUUGGUGGGGAAAAAGAUUUAGCUAGAGCCAUUGAUUUAAAUAAAGAAGUUUUUGAUUUCUUAUCAACUGCUUGUUCUAAAUAUAAUUUGGGUUUCUGGAAACCUGGUUCUGGUAUCAUUCAUCAAAUUGUUUUGGAAAAUUACGCUUUCCCAGGUGCUUUAUUAAUUGGUACCGAUUCUCACACUCCAAACGCUGGUGGUUUGGGUCAAUUGGCUAUUGGUGUUGGUGGUGCUGAUGCUGUUGAUGUCAUGGCUAACUUACCUUGGGAAUUGAAAGCUCCAAAAAUUAUUGGUGUUAAAUUAACCGGUAAAAUGUCUGGUUGGACUUCUCCAAAAGAUAUUAUCUUGAAAUUAGCUGGUAUCACUACCGUUAAAGGUGGUACUGGUUCUAUUAUCGAAUAUUUCGGUUCUGGUGUUGAAACUUUCUCUUGUACCGGUAUGGGUACCAUCUGUAAUAUGGGUGCUGAAAUUGGUGCUACCACUUCUGUUUUCCCUUUCAACAAAUCAAUGGUUGAUUAUUUGAAAGCUACCAGAAGAUCUCAAAUUGCUGAUUUUGCCUCCUUAUAUAAAGAUGAUUUCUUGGCUGCUGAUGAAGGUUGUGAAUAUGAUCAAGUUAUUGAAAUUGAUUUAAACACUUUAGAACCUCACAUUAACGGUCCUUUCACCCCAGAUUUAGCUACUCCAGUCUCUAAAAUGAGAGAAACCGCUAUUGCUAAUGGCUGGCCUUUGGAUGUUAGAGUUGGUUUAAUUGGUUCUUGUACCAACUCUUCUUAUGAAGAUAUGACUAGAGCUGCUUCCAUCAUUAAAGAUGCUGGUGCUCAUGGCUUAAAAGCUAAAUCCAUCUAUACCGUUUCUCCAGGUUCUGAACAAGUUAGAGCCACUAUUGAAAGAGAUGGUCAAUUGAAAACUUUCCAAGAUUUCGGUGGUGUUGUCAUGGCUAAUGCUUGUGGUCCAUGUAUUGGUCAAUGGGAUAGACAAGAUAUUAAAAAAGGUGACAAGAACACCAUUGUCUCUUCUUUCAACAGAAAUUUCACCUCUAGAAAUGAUGGUAACCCAGCUACUCACGCCUUUGUUGCUUCUCCUGAAAUGACUACUGCUUACGCUAUUUCUGGUGAUUUAGGUUUCAACCCUCUUACUGAUACUUUGAAAGAUUCUGAAGGUAAUGAAUUCAAAUUAAAAGAACCUUCUGGAAUUGGUUUACCACCAAAAGGUUACGAUGCCGGUGUUAACACUUAUCAAGCUCCUCCAGCUGAUAGAUCUGGUGUUGAAGUUGUUAUUGCUCCAACUUCUGACAGAUUGCAAAAAUUAAAACCUUUCAAAGCUUGGGAUGGUAAAGAUGCUGAAAGAUUACCAAUUUUAAUUAAAGCCGUUGGUAAAACUACUACUGAUCAUAUUUCUAUGGCCGGUCCUUGGUUGAAAUACCGUGGUCACUUGGAAAACAUUUCUAACAAUUAUAUGAUUGGUGCUAUUAACGCUGAAAAUGGUGAAGCUAACAACGUUAAAAAUCACUACACUGGUGAAUACAAAGGUGUUCCAGACACCGCUGCUGAUUACAGAGACGCUGGUCAUAAAUGGGUUGUUAUUGGUGAUGAAAAUUUCGGUGAAGGUUCUUCAAGAGAACAUGCUGCUUUGGAACCAAGAUUCUUGGGUGGUUUCGCCAUUAUUACCAAAUCUUUCGCUCGUAUUCACGAAACUAACUUGAAGAAACAAGGUUUAUUACCAUUGAACUUCGUUAACGUUGCUGAUUACGAUAAAAUUAACUUUGAUGAUGAAGUUGACAUCUUAGGUUUAACCGAAUUAGCCCCAGGUAAGAAUGUUACCUUAAGAGUUCAUCCUAAAGAAGGUGAAGCUUGGGAAGCUGAAUUAUCUCACACUUAUAAUGCUGAACAAAUUGAAUGGUUCAUCCACGGUUCUGCUUUGAAUAAGAUGGCUGCUGUUGCUGCUGAAAAAGAAUAAGUUAGUUUAUAAAUUUGGAGAGAAUUUUUUUUUAAAAGCAUAAAAAACUUUUUGAGGCUUAAUAAAACUCUUAUCUUUUUUACGACUAGUCAAUUUUCCUUCUUAUCUUGUUUUUUUU